AUGUCAUACCAAGAUCUGCCUACCUCCCCUCCUCUGUAUAAUGCAUCUGUUCAAUCACAGGCUUUUGCUAGACAUCACUCGACUGUGAACUCUCCCCUCGCAGACCAUGGAAUGCGGGAACAAACACCUUCACUAGAGAAGGAGUCUGGAACUAAUGCUACUUCCCCUAUAUCAUCAGCUUCUACUGAAUCUAUUAAGAUUGAAGAGUCUAGGGGUAUGCACGUUCUGCCAGGUCAAAACAAUCAGCAAAUCAGACCAAAGAAGUCAGUCAGUCCUAUUAAGAAGGCAGAAGUAGAUUUUCCGCACUCGGAGAACAAAUGGGAGCCCCUUCCAAAUGGCCGACUCACAGAGAGUCGAUUAUCUGGCAGAAACGAGCGUUGGAUCUCGGCAAACCAUUCUAUUCCUGAUAAUCGAAACAGCAUACCCCCAACUCUAGGUGUGAAGCCAAUAAUAGACACGGCCGAAACGAGAGAGGCUGAAAAGCAAGCCGCGCAUGUUGGACAAGUGUUAUUCGACGCAUUCAACAGCCUUAGCGAGACCUCUACCCGUCAGGGCUUGGAGGCAAGUCGGUGGGCUGUUCCAGCUGCCACUGAAAGAAGAGUGGCACCCGUCAAUAAGAUUUCAGCUCCAAAAGCGAAACAGCAGACUUACAGAACAGUCUCAUCUCAGGCUGUUAUGAAUGUUGAUGACACAUCAGGCUUCAUGGCUGUUCUUCGCGCCCGGUCUACACAGACCCUUAAAAAGCCAGAAGUUGCUGCUACGAUGAACAACCCACCCGGUUCCAAUAAGAGCAUCAAAGCUGGGCACUACCUAAAAACCCAAAUUGCGGUAGAUACUUCACAACAAGCUGAGGACAUAGUUAUCCCGCGAAAACAGGGGCCAGGAAAUCCAAGCACAAUUAGCAAACCUUCCUAUAUGGCCCCAACUGGUCCUCCAGUUGAAGAGGACCGCGAACAUCUGGAUUAUUUUUCCAGCUGGGGGACACCUCCACCAAGAUCAAAACCAAGUAAGAACUUUCUUCAACGGAACUCCACCUGGUGCGGUAUUGCUUUUUCUAAUGAGCUACUUCUAGGCGCCGAGGUUCGCCGAAUCGUUCUUUCUCCAAUUCCUGAAUUCCUGGCGUCUCCGACCAAGAUCCUUUCGCUUAUCCAUGGCGGCCGUAUUGAGUCUGUACAGUAUUUACCACAGUCAAAAUCUGCACACGUACUCUUCUGUAACCCAGCGGCCUGUAAAAAGUACUAUGACUUCUAUCCCAAUGGGAUCGAGGUGAACAGGAAUGGCCACAAAGCGGUUAUUUUUGUAGACCAAUAUCAAGAGGUGGAUAUCAUCAGCUCCCGCAUUCAAGAAUUACUGGAUUUGGGGGCAACUCGAGUGAUUCGGGCUGUCGGUGCAGAUACCUCUAUAAGCAUGAAAAGCAUGGUAGAUUUUGUUGAAGGGCGAAACUUCAGGCUGGAGAAAAUCGUCGAUACGUUCGAUGCUUCAAGCAAAAUUCGAACCGUCACUUUCCAUCUUUGCUCCAUUGACCAUGCUGUCCGCCUACGUUCCAACCUUAUCCGUGAGGAUAUAUGGGAACAGACCAACGUGCAGUUUGGCCCUGACCCGUAA